AUGAACGUACUACCCACCGAAGAAGAGUUGAUGGUCAAGAACGCCGCCCGGGAGUUCCUGGACGGCGAGUGUCCGCCCGGCCUCGCCCGCGCCAUCGAGCAGGACGUGCGUGGCUACUCCGUGGAACUAUGGGAGCAGAUGGCCAGCCUCGGCUGGUUCGGCAUCUCCCUGCCCGAAGCCUACGGCGGCGGCGGACUGCCCGUCACCUACCUCGGUCUCCUCCUGGAGGAGUGCGGGCGCGCCAUCGCUCCGGUGCCCUUCCACAGCACUGCGACCGCUGCCCUCGCCGUGGUCAACCAUGGCUCCGACGAGCAGAAGCAGUCCAUCCUCCCCCGCGUCGCCCGCGGCGACCUCAUCAUGACCUGGGCGAUCCCGGAGCGGGACCCGCGCCUUCGCGCCGACGCCAUCCAGUGCCGCGGCGAGGUGGACGGCGAUAGCCUCGUCAUCAACGGCAUCAAGCACUUCGUGGACAACUUCGCCGCCGCCGAGCUGGUGGUCAUGGCCUUGCGCACCGCCGCGCCCACCGAUGACAGCGCCGGCAUCACCCUCGCCAUCGUUCCUGCCAAUUCCGCCGGCAUCACCGAGACCCGCCUCACCACAUUGGCCAAGGACUCCCAGAGCAAGAUCGCGCUGGACAACGUCCGCAUCCCGCUGAGCAACGUCAUCGGUGAGGUCAACGCCGGCUGGCCGGCCACGUCCGAGAUGCUGGACACCGGCACCGCCCUGCUCUGCGCGCAGAUCAUCGGCGCGGCCCGCAAGGACGCCGAGAUGGCCAUCGAGUACGCCAAGAACCGCGUCGCCUUCGGUCGCCCCCUCGCCGGCUUCCAGUCCAUCCAGCACCUCUGCGCCGACAUGAUCGUUUGGGUCGACGGCGCGCAGCUGCUCACCUAUGAGGCCCUGUGGAAGCUGGACGCCGGCCUGCCCUACAGCGUCGAGGUGUCCCAGGCCAAGGCCUUCACCAACGACAAGUGCCAGGCCACCGUACGUUCCUCCCAGCAGAUACAUGGCGGCAUCGGUUUCAUGAUGGAGUUCGACCUGCACCUCUGGUACCGCCGCGUCACCGCUUGGACCAUGCGCAUGGGCACCAGUUUCGAGCACCGCGCUCGGGUCGCCCGCUCCCUGCUGGCCCAGCCCGGCCGGGUUCGCCUUGGUAUGAACAUCGAAGCCGUCGCCUGA